CCCCCUGAUGGUCUUGUUUACUUCCGGGUCGAACGCUUGUUUGAUUGUGGCCAUGUCUCGUUGUUGGUGAAAUCCGUGUGAAGUACAACCAAAAAUACAACUAUAUAAACUUUUUUAAUUUGUUUUCAGCGCAGAUUAAUUUCUGGAAUACUAACCAACAACAUGUCGGAGGAUGUCCAGAAACACUCAGUCCACACGCUGGUCUUCAGAUCUCUCAAAAGGACUCAUGAUAUGUUUGUGUCCGACCAAGCCAAAUCCAUCGCACUGGACGAUGAGAGUCUACAAGGUAAGAUGGGUGCAAAACUGAAAGCGGACUACGGGGCAGUCUUACACAUGCCAGUCCUGAAAGAAGUAAAAGACAGGGUCUCAAUGCUUCCUGGUGGCAUGCAGGGCUACGCACAGCCAGGGGACGACCCAGAAUACCUGAUCACAGGAACACAUGCGUAUCCCUCUGGACCUGGAGUAGCUUUGACCGCUGACACAAAGUUGCACAGGAAUCCAAGUGAGGGAGGAAUUCACUCCAUGGCGCUUGCUUUGCCGCCCUCACAAGCAAGACAGGACGCGAGGAGCACAGCAGCCAGUGUCGCUGACAUCCAUCGACACGCAGGAGGAGCAGAAAGAUCUCACCCCUCAUCAGCUGUGUCACUCUUGGAGGGAGGAGGCACCAGAAAUUCCUCGCUCAUGAGGAAAGCACCAACCAUGCCUAAACCUCAGUGGCAUCCGCCAUGGAAACUGUUCAGAGUGAUCAGUGGUCAUCUUGGCUGGGUGAGGUCCAUUGCUGUGGAGCCUGGGAAUCAAUGGUUUGUCACCGGGUCCGCUGAUAGAACCAUUAAGAUCUGGGAUCUGGCCAGUGGGAAACUGAAGCUUUCUCUAACUGGACACAUCAGCACAGUGCGUGGUGUCGCAGUCAGCAGUCGCAGCCCCUACCUCUUCUCCUGUGGAGAAGACAAGCAGGUCAAGUGUUGGGAUCUGGAGUACAACAAGGUCAUCAGACAUUACCACGGACAUCUGAGUGCUGUGUAUGGUAUAGACCUACAUCCCACUAUCGAUGUGUUGGUGACGUGCAGCAGAGAUGCCACAGCCCGGGUGUGGGACAUCAGGACCAAAGCUAACGUGCACACUCUCAGUGGUCACACAAACACUGUGGCCACCGUGAGGUGUCAGGCUGCAGAACCUCAAAUCAUCACUGGCAGCCACGACUCGACCAUCAGACUGUGGGAUUUGAUUGCUGGAAAAACAAGAGCCACUCUGACAAACCACAAGAAGUCUGUCCGAACGAUCGUGCUGCAUCCUAGACAAUACACCUUUGCCUCUGGUUCUGCUGAUAACAUCAAACAGUGGAUGUUCCCUGACGGCAACUUUAUCCAGAACCUGUCAGGCCACAACGCUAUCAUCAACACUCUGGCUGUAAACUCUGAUGGCGUGUUGGUGUCUGGAGCUGACAACGGCACCAUCCACAUGUGGGACUGGAGGACAGGCUACAACUUCCAGAGGAUUCAUGCAGCGGUGCAGCCAGGAUCUCUGGACAGCGAGUCUGGAAUCUUUGCCUGCAUGUUCGACCACUCAGAGAGCAGACUGAUCACCGCCGAGGCCGACAAGACCAUCAAAGUAUACAGAGAGGACGACACAGCUACGGAAGAAAGCCACCCAGUCAACUGGAAACCAGAAAUCCUCAAGAGAAAAAGAUUCUAAUGUUGUUUUUGUUUUCUUUUUUAAUUUCUUCCUCAUGUCACAGUAACAUUUUUUUUGUAAUCAACCCUCCUUUUGUAGUACAUCCCAGUCAGGCUUGUAACUGCAGUUUCCAUCAGACAAACUUUGUCAUAAUUAAUGUGUCUUUGACUGAAAACAAAUUUCAGUUCUCCAUUUUUUUAUUCUAAGAACCAUCUGCAGUCUUCAUUGUAUGAUGUCAGACCUAUGAAGCAGCCAUCUUGGACCGCCAGAAACAUCCCUGAGUGUUUGUUCUUGAUGAUGACGGCUCUCUGGUGGCUCUGGUCCGUCUGAUCAACCAACAUGAGCCACUCCUCAGACACAGACCGCCUGGCCUCAGAGUGGACUUGGUUACUGCUGGGCUCAAACCCUGCACAGCAAUAGAUUUGCAGAAUGAAUUGCAAUCCCACAGAAAUGCAAAGAAGCAUUGUCCUUUUUCUAGCUCACAAUGUGAAGGUUAUUUUGCUCCAUUUAAUAAAGACCACAUUUUUCACAUA